AUGACUGAUAAGCCAUGGUAUCUUGAUUCAUCUGACACUGAAGACAACUCAGACCUUUGCUCGACCUGUUGCGGAAUUCACUUUGAAUGGCUUCUUCGUCACGAUCUCGAACGCAAAAAAUGGCAGAGGCACGUCUCAGGAGGCUCUAAAAACGAUCAGCCUCGUCAAAUCAAGCUGUAUUGGCAAGGCCAAUGGACAGACUUUGUCGUACCUGAAAUACCCGCAAUCCCUCUCGGACUGCUAAGUGACAUCUUUUCGAAGUCAAACAGCUGCAAGUUCUGCAAUCUUGUCAUCUUGGCAAUCGCUGUCAAGUACGAAACCAGUCCCGAGGAUCUGCAAUCUAUCAACAUCGAUGCCUAUCCCUUCCCACUGAUUUUCUGCUCGCUAGGCACACGCAGAAAAAGAAAUGCCGAAGAUGAGGUGUACGAUUUGGUCAUCUCCCUCGGGACCAUUCGAGACUUCCAUGUCUUUGACAACAUAUCCCUACAACGGCUCCAGGAACAUCGCGUGCCAUGGGAGGGCGCCCGGGUCCAUGAGCAGAUCAAUUUCGAGGAUGCACGAGAUUGGGUAACUCAAUUCAAACCCACGCAUUCAGAUCCAGGCGCUGUGGAUGACCCCCUGGACGGGUUCCGGCUCAUUGACAAUACGAAAGCAAAUGAUGGUCGCCUAAGACGCCCAGGAAGUUUAGCUUCGAUCGACGGAGGGCUACCUCUGACAAUAGCAGAUGCCAUGCUCUUCGUGUCCGGCAUCGGCGAGCGCUACCUGUGGGUGGACAGUCUUUGCAUUGUUCAGGACGACGAAGCUACAAAAACGAUCCAGAUCAAUGCCAUGGAUCGGAUAUACACGUCCGCCAUGGUCACAAUAGUGGCCAUGUAUGGCUCUAGUUGCCACGCUGGUCUCCCUGGAGUGCGACCAAACAGUGGCCGAUGGAAGCAACACCUCGUCAAUGUUCGCGGUAUAACGCUAGCUAAUAGUCAGACUAUCAUUCCUACAUCUGGUCCAAAGGACUGGACUACGCGUGGAUGGACGUACCAAGAACACACUCUGUCAAGGCGAUUGAUCUUCUUAGCCCAUGAUGGUAUUCAAUACGAGAGUGAAGAUGGCAUCACCACAGAAGACAUCCACCAGCCUUUUCAUCACGCUGCAGAGGACGAUUUGCCGGAUGGGCGAGGGUUUCCUACGGGCGGAUCCCUCUGGAGGGCUGCCGGAGCUAUCGCCGUUCUAAUGAAUUUCGCUCUUGCAGUCCACCUCUACUCCGGGAAGACGCUUACCUACCAAACGGAUACCCUUAGAGCCUUCGAAGGAGUCCUCAACGUUAUGCGCUCGGAUCUCUGCCGAGAUUUCCUUUAUGGUAUGCCAUCUUCUGAACUGGAUGUGGCGCUCCUAUGGCGUCCUAUUCAGCAUCUAGAACGCAGACUUGACGAUACUACUAGGGAGGAGCUGUUCCCAAGUUGGAGUUGGGCAGGCUGGAAAGGCAUAAUACACAUACCCGUUUUCGAAUCAACCCAUUUCAGCCGCAUUAUCUUUGUCGAUGCCGAGGACGAGACAGAGUUCACCACGAGUGAAUGGCGUGGAACGGAAAGCGGCUUGACAACCUGUGACGGCGUGGUAUGGCAGCGCAAGCCCUUGGACAUUGACGCUCCACCCGGUUACUUCAGAGACGGGAAACCCAACGUCAUGUUUCCGCAUCCGGUGUCCAAAUCGAUCCCCACUGGAAUGCAAUCGCGAAGAUUUCUACGGGAGGACUCCCACACUUUGACAUUCAAUGCAUUCACAGCGCACAUAUCGACCCAGCCCGGGCAAGGAGUCCUGAAAUUUACCAAGACAGAGUUGAAUUCUGAACUGGAUCCCGGCGUAAAUUCUCGCACGCUCUUGGACCGCUACGGCCGCUUCUGCGGUACCGCGUAUUUUCACUGCGACGGCAGCUCCGGUCUGGAAUCUGAAUGUUUUGAGUUCGCCGCGAUAUCUAGAACUGCGUACGGCGCUGACAAUGAAGCUUGGGAGGACCCGCCGGAAGAUGAUGCUGAUGUACUAGCUCUAAGAGAGGGAUACGCGGAAAGAGAGACGCUGCGUAAGAUGAGCGAUGACAGGGGCGCGGCGUCGUACUUUAACGACUAUUCCUGUGAACUCAAGUGGCAGGCGUAUGAUGUGCUGGCACUGGAGUGGAGGAAUGGAGUUGCUUGCAGAGUGGGCGUUGGAUUCUGUCUUAUUGAGGCUUUUUGGGACGCCGAGCCUGUGAGAAAGAGGAUCCCUCUAGCGUGA